GCGAAAUCCCUUCGGGUAAGAGGUUGACUGAAAGCCGGAAGGGGAGGAUAGGCGGAGGCUUUUUGAGCCCGACUUGGUUGGAUUUUGCUGCAAAUCCACAAUCAAAGUCAUCCAUCAUGGACAGCCAGGGAAGAAAAGUGAUAGUUUGUGAUAACGGUACAGGAUUUGUGAAGUGUGGAUAUGCAGGGUCCAACUUCCCCGCCCAUAUCUUUCCAUCUCUCAUUGGAAGGCCCAUCAUCAGAUCCACGGCCAAAGUGGGAGACAUAGAAAUAAAGCUUCAGGAUUUGAUGGUAGGCGAGGAGGCCAGCCAAUUGCGUUCCAUGCUGGAGGUCACGUACCCCAUGGAGAACGGCAUCGUGCGCAACUGGGACGAGAUGAAACACAUCUGGGACUACACAUUCGGCGAGGGCCGGAUGAACAUCAAUCCGCGGGACUCCAAGAUUCUCUUGACGGAACCGCCCAUGAACCCCAACAAAAACAGGGAAAAAAUGGUGGAGGUCAUGUUUGAGCACUACCAGUUCGCUGGCCUUUACGUUGCAAUUCAGGCUGUCUUGACGCUGUAUGCCCAAGGUUUAUUGACAGGCGUAGUGGUAGACUCUGGUGACGGAGUGACUCAUGUUUGUCCAGUCUACGAGGGCUUCUCCUUGCCUCAUCUAACAAGACGUCUAGACAUAGCUGGCCGAGACAUCACCAAAUAUCUCAUCAAGCUGUUGCUUCUCAGGGGCUAUGCCUUCAACCACUCGGCAGACUUUGAGACGGUCCGGAUCAUGAAGGAAAACCUUUGUUACGUAGGAUAUGAUAUUGAGCAAGAACAGAAGUUGGCAAAUGAAACAACAGUACUGGUGGAAAACUACACGUUACCAGACGGUCGAGUGAUCAAGGUCGGCGGGGAGCGUUUCGGUGCCCCCGAGGCCCUCUUCCAACCCCAUCUCAUCAACGUGGAAGGUGUGGGCAUUGCCGAGCUCCUCUUCAACACCAUCCAGGCCGCUGACAUCGACACCAGGCCUGAGUUCUACAAGCACAUCGUGCUGUCCGGGGGUUCUACUAUGUACCCUGGUCUACCCUCGCGACUGGAGAGAGAGAUCAAGCAGCUGUACCUGGAGAGGAUCCUGAAGGGCGACACGUCCAAGCUCAGUAAAUUCAAGAUCCGCAUUGAGGACCCCCCGCGCCGCAAGCACAUGGUGUUCCUCGGGGGCGCUGUUCUAGCAGACAUCAUGAAGGACAAGGAUACGUUCUGGAUCUCGAGAGAAGAGUACCAGGAGAAAGGACUCAAGUGCCUUGAGAAGCUCGGCGUUAGUGUUAAAUAGAGGUAGCCCCCCCCCACCCCCAACAUCCCUCCACCCCUCCCCCCUCCCUUUCCUAUCUCCCAGAGAUGUCACGGCACUUUCAAUAACAUUUUUUUGUUUUACUUUUGGGUGUUAGAUUUUGUCAUACCAGAAAAAAAAUGAUGCCUUGCAGUGUUGUAGUUGCCAUGGUUGCAUCCAUCACAAGUCCAGCACAAGUCCGGCCACAAGUAAAUCACAAGUCCAGUUACAAGUAGCAAUACUUUUGUUCCAGUUCCUUUGAGUAGCUUGCGAGUUGGCUUGAAGCUGGAUGCCUUGUGAUGGACUUGUUGGGAUAUGUGAUGGACUUCAUUGUUACUCAAUUUGGAUAUUGAUGUGAAUGGAUACCUUCAACGUUCGUAAGCCUCCUAAACAAGCCAGGUCAUUUCACACUAUUAACGGAUGUAUGUAGGAUUUGAAGCGAGCAGGUCUCAGUUGAGUGUUUGUGCGGGCCUGUUUUAAGCCCAUCACAUCUCCAGCAAAUGGAAAAGUACAAAGUUUGUCGCAUGUUAGGAAAACUUCCCCAGCCAGUGAGAAUCCAUUAUGUAGUUCCUAAAUAAGAUAUGAAUCUUGCAUGGCGGUAAUGUUAACUAGUGAGGGUUUGGGGUAACAUCAUGUGCAGAAUCUCUUUUGAGCAGCAGUGUGGUUCCUUUUGGUACAAUUACUGUAAGGAAAUGUGAAGGAAUAGUGAUGAUAGGACUACAUCAUGUGGCCAUCAACAAUUUGUGAAAAAGUGUGCAAGUUGUGCAUAUCGGCAGUCUUUACACAGUCCAUUGCUUUGUCUAAAAGAAAGAGUGGUUUCUGGCCAAUUUUAUACCAUAACGGAAGACUUGAAGACAAGUUACUACGCAGUCGUGUUUUGUCUGUCAAGGUUCCCAAUAUCGAAACAUCUGAUCUUUCAAAAAAGAUGGGGUCAAAUUAUUUCCAAAGCGUCAGCUUCACAUUAUUUUUAUUUUGUACAAUUUGCUCUCAACUGACAAUCUGUUUUUCUCUAGUCCUAGGACCCCUGUCUUUGUGGCUUUAAGUGUAUACCUUUUGAGCUGGACUCGGGCAUUUUGCUAUUUAAUUGGGUCCUUCUCAAUGAACAAUGAUAUGAAAACAAGGUGUGGAAUUGCUGAGCUUAAAACUUGAAGAGGAGAGGAAAGGUUUUUUUUUUGUUAUGUGCACUCUUGUAUCGGUACAUGUAUAUUAGAAGGCCAACUUUUUUUCUAAGGACUUUUUUCCUAAAGAAAAAAAUUGAUUUUAUUUUGAUAUUGUAAGAUUUUAUCACAGUAAUUAUAAUAGAUGAGAUGAGCAAAAGAAAAUGUAUUGGAAUUGAAUACAAUUGAAUUGGUCUGAGUUAGAUGGUUUAAGAGAAAAUCGGUGAAAUUGAAUAGUUUGAUAUUGUAAUUUUCUUAUUGUAGUUUAUGAAGAAAUCUUGUGAAGGCUAUGCAUGCUGUAUCAAAUAGCCAAGAUAAGGCCGGUUCAGCAAACGCGGUCGCGAAUGCGAAUUUCUGACGGCAGGGCGAUUGUUCGCGCUGCGAUUUCGCAAAAGUUGAACACAUUUCAACUCCGUCAGCGAAUGCUUCAUGACGUCAAAUUCGCAUCGCAUUCGCAUGAAGCAUGAACGGGCCUAGAAAUAUAAUAUCCCUGUUAGGCAUUUUUUGGCAUGUUAAACCCAGUUGGCUUGUAAGUUGUCAUUUUCACAAAACAAUGCAUGUGCCCAAUCUGGUAGCAUUUCUACCCUUAUAACAACGUGACAUGCAUUACUUGAGUGCACUUGUAGGGUUGCGUGAAAGGUCACAAAAUGUCUACCAUUCAGCUACCAGUACCCAUAGACAUCUUAUAGACCUAAACCGGCUAUUUGCUUACAACUUCCGUGAGCAAAGUACUGCGUCUCAUCGAAGGCACAUGCACGCGAAAGGAAUAUCUGAAGAAUAAAUAGCAAGGAGACAGUCGUACGACGCGCGUGCAUUAUUUACAAGCAGAAUGAGCCUUAUUGUGCUAAUAGAAACAAACAACGUAGAAGUAUAAGUUGCUGGUCUAGUUUUUUUUUAAAGAUGUCUAUGCAGCUGCCCUGCAAACAUGCAAUGCUGCCCUCUUGUGGUUGGUCUUGCAAAGAAUGAAUGUUGACCUUUCUUUCCAUACUGAGGAACAGAAAUAUCCACUCACAGUGCCUGUCUUUUGCAGGUUAGGACAGCUACGCAAGUACAGCCUUUCUGAUUGGUCUGUAGCUUUAUGAAGCCUUUUGUCUUGUCGGUUUGCUAAGUUUGAAUGAUUAACUUGAUAAUGCUUCCAAUUUUAAAUAGCAGUUUUUUUCCAAAUACAUGACUGCUAGUUGAAUUAUUACAUGUAUGUACAGACAAGAAUCUUACAAUGUGUACUUAGUUUAUUUGGUUUGUUUUGGAUCGUUAUUUUAUUGCGCUGAUGAACAGGUGAAAGGGGGAAUUUUUGGAGGUUUAAUUUUUGGAUGCAUGUCAUAAUGAAACAUGGAGAGUAUUUAUCCUAUUAGGACUCUACAGAUGCCCGUGUAGCGUGAAUAUCCGACUCCAUGAAAUAUGGACUCAUUGGUAGUAUUGCGCAUGCGUAAGUACGAUAAUAUGCUAUUUUUAUGAUCAUAUACAUGUAUGGCAGAGUGACCUGUCACAUGCGAGGGAUUAUUUAUACCAAUAAUAAGGAAAAGGAAUCCGAUUUUCAUAGGAGUCGGAUUUUCAUGUGACACUGGACCAUUUUAUAUUACCUGGAUUAAGAGAAUUUAUUUGCGAAUGUCUUAUUUGCAGUAGUCACUAGUCUGUGUUUCAUUCCAUUUUUUUUGGUCAUUUAGUUUGAAAUAUAGCUCAUACCUGGCUUAUGCUUAUGUACAGAGAUCUUAAUCUACGUGCCCAGUUGUAUUUAACGAAUAAGUACAAAGAAAAUGUGUUUAUAUUUCUUUACUAAUAAAUAUUUAGGUGUUUGUAUACAUUUAUUGAAUGCUGAUACAAACAUGAAAAUGAUAGGCAGAAUGUUAUUAACAAAUUAUUGCGCCAUGCUAUUUUAGAAGAGAUAGUAGUCUGCCCUAGAAUUGUAGAGUAAAUUUGUAUCCCUUUGAAAACAAUCUGGCCCAGGUUCAAACAAGAUUACUGAAUGAAAUAGGAAGAGAUGAUACAAGUAUUUAGGCACAUUUAUUGUUCAUGAAUCCACAUUCCUCGAUGUAAACUGGCCAUGUUCCCCCCUGCGUCUUUCAUAAGGAUGUUCCUAUUGAGGCACAGGUAUCAUGUAUGGCGUAGCAAGCUUUGCAUGAUGUUAUUACAUUUUAGUUUCCGAUGUUUUGGGGUUUAUUCAUCUUGUUGUAAAAUGCCAGCUUAGGAGGAAGGCUGCAGCAUACUUUAUUAUACCAAUGGAUAGCUUUGCCCCAAAAGGCUAAGGCUAGGCUUUGGUUUUUACAUUGACAUGCUACAUUGAAAAAAGCCAUAGUCAUAGCCAAACAUCAAUUUGGGAUGCAACUGAGGUCUUGAAUGGCUUUCUAUUUUUUCUCCUUCAAAAUUACUUUUGCCCCUUAAAAUGUUUUAUAUUAUAUCCAUGCCGAUAAAAUACUUGAUCAAAUGUCCGUCUGUUCUUUUUUUAUAUAAAAAGAAAGGAAAAUAAAUAUCUUUAAAUUGCAAUGCACACCAUAUUAAAUAAAAACUUAAUAUGAAAAGUAA